AUGGAUAGGCAACACCAAGCUAUAGAACUGCCGAAUUCCCCCGGAACAUUCAAAAGUGGCCUAUUGAAGGAUAAACCUGAAGAAGUUUUAGAAUAUUUUUUCCCGGAAGUUACAACUCUAUGGCAAGCUUUUCAGCGUGGAUUGAAACUUGCCCCAGAAGGGCCCUGUCUCGGUAUCCGAACAAAAGAAGGCCCCUACAAAUUUAUCAGUUAUCAACAAGUUGCUAAUCUCUCAAAGGAUGUCGGCACAAAAUUAAUAAGCCUAUUGGGGCUUAAGCCUGGUCAACAAACUUUUGUUGCUAUUUAUGCUCAAAAUUCUCCAGAAUGGACUAUUUUGACAUUAGCUUUAAUUCGACAUUCAAUGAUUGUUGUCCCUCUAUAUGAUACUUUAGGAGAGAAUGCAGCUUCUUAUAUUUUAGCCCAUUGUGAAACUGAAUUAGUAAUGCUAGAUUCUUUUAAAAAAUUACAAAAUGUAUUUAAUAUGAGAGAGAAAACACCCUCAUUAAAAAAUAUUUUAUAUGUUGGGGAAUUGGAAAACGAAAAAAUUGAGGAAAUACAAAAAAAGGCUAAAGAAUUAAAUAUUUGUUUGUAUUUUUGGAAUGAUUUAAUUAAUAAUAGAACAGAAGAUGAAGAGAAAAUAGAAAAAGAGGAAGAAGAUAAUGAGCCUAAACCAGAAGAUAAUUAUAUUAUUUGUUAUACUAGUGGAACGACCGGAACACCUAAAGGUGUAAUUCUGAGUCAUCGUAAUGUUGUUGCAAACAUUUCCGCUUUGGCUGUAGUUUUAGAAAAGUUUUUACCAGAGUUUCUGUCAACAACAGAACAUUGCAUUAUUUCAUAUUUGCCUUUAUCACAUAUGUUCGAACAAUGUGCCCACUGGAUAGCCCUCUGCCUUGGAUAUCGAAUCGGUUAUGUCUCUGAUGGUAUCGCUACACUUUCUGCAGAUAUGCAAGCCUUGGAACCAACUCUACUGCCUGUAGUACCUCGAUUAUUAAACCGUUUUAAUGACGCAAUAAAGGCAGAAGUUACCCGUCUAAAUCCCUUUUCUCGUUGGUUGUUUUCCAUUGGACGAGCUCAGAAGAAGGCAAUGCUUCAAAAAGGUAUAGUAACAAAUGAAUCAAUUUGGGACCGACUUGUAUUUGCCAGAGCACGUCAAAGACUUGGAAAUCAUGUAAAAUUAAUUGUUACUGGUUCCGCCCCAAUCGCUGCUGAGGUAUUGGAAGAAUUGAGAAUAGUUUUUGGUUGUCAUAUAAUUGAGGGAUAUGGACAGACUGAAUGCACGGCAAUGGCUAUAUCUACCUGGCCUGGAGAGACUGUAGGCGGUCAAUGUGGAGGUCCUUCAACUUGCUCACUUAUAAAAUUAGAAGAUGUUCCCGAUUUGAAUUAUUUUGUUAAGGACAGAAAAGGAGAAGUUUUAAUCAAAGGACCGUCAGUCACCAGUGGAUAUUUUAAAGAUCCUGAACGUACGAAAGAAUUAUUUACUGAAGAUGGGUUUUUAAAGACUGGAGAUGUUGGUCAAAUACUUCCAAAUGGUCAAAUAAAAAUUAUUGACAGAAGAAAACACAUUUUUAAAUUGGCUCAGGGGGAAUAUGUGGCGCCUGAAAAAAUUGAAAAUGUUUAUAUACAAUGCAGGUCGGUACAUCAAAUAUUUGUUGAUGGUGAUAGUCUUCAACGCUUUCUUGUGGCAAUUGUUGUCCCAGCAGCAAAUCAAAUCAGACGCCUCUUUACCCAAAUAGAUGGAGGAGGAAAAGAAGAAGAAAUAAAAUUAGAAGAGAUUUGUUCGGAUAAAAGAAUAAUUAAUUUAGUUUUGGCAGAAAUGCAACAAAUUGGAAAAGAACAAAAAUUAAAUAGUUUAGAACAAGUUAAAGCUAUUUAUUUAGAACAUGAACCUUUUAGUAUAGAAAAUGAUUUAUUAACACCUACAUUAAAGGCAAAAAGGCCACAACUUAGGGCAAAAUACAAACAAAAAAUUGCUCAACUUUAUAGUGAAAUGCCCAAUGAAAAAUAA